AUGAGAGAUAUUUUGGUGACGUGUCUCUUCUUGUACAAAGUUUUAACAACAGCUACCUAUGAAACUUCGUUUUCGGAGGAAUAUUCUUGUGAAAAUACAAUAUGUAAUCCACGGGCUGGUGACUUGCUCAUUGGCCGAGAGAGUUCACUUAUAGCAUCUUCAACUUGUGGCCUGACUGAAGUAGAAGCUUACUGCGUUGUAACGACUAGCCGCAAAAGUUAUUGUAAAGAAUGUACCUCUAAACAACCCUACAACUCCAUAACUAAUCCUGAAAGUCAUCGUGUGGAAAAUGUAGUUUCGCGAGUCCCAAGCAACCCCGGAAGAUGGUGGCAGUCACAAAAUGCAGUACACAAUGUUUCGAUUGUACUUAAUUUGGAUACUCAAUUUCAAUUUAUUUCAACGAUUCUACGUUUUAAAACUUAUCGUCCAGCGGCUAUGUACUUAGAACGUUCCUAUGAUUUUGGUCGUUCAUGGGCACGUUAUGCUUAUUUUUCAAAUAACUGCAAACGAGAUUUUCCAGCUGUACCAGAAGGUCCUCGCAGAUCAUUAACUGAUGUAACUUGUACUGGAGUUUACAGUCAACUUACACCUUCUGAAGGAGGUGUGGUUGCGUAUAUGGCUGCUCCAAGUGAAAUGCAUCAAUCAUGGCCUCAAUACAGUAAAGAACGUAUGAAUUUAACAGCAAUUACUAAUCUAAGAGCUGUUUUUACCAGGAUUAAUACCUUAGGUGAUAUGCGUGUUGAUGAUUCGGCAUUAACAAGACGUAAAUACUAUUAUGCUCUUUAUGAAUGGAAUGUAUGGGGUAGAUGUACGUGUUUUGGUCAUGCAUUACGUUGUAAACCAAAGUCACCAGCUGAAAUUAUUAAACCGGAAAAAGUCUAUGGUGUUUGUGAAUGUACACAUAAUACUGCAGGUGAAAAUUGUGAAACAUGUGCUGAUUUCCAUUGGAAUAAACCGUGGAUGCCAGCAACAAGAGAUGCUGCUAAUGCAUGUGAAAAAUGCAAUUGCAACAAUCAUGCAACAGCAUGUUUUUUUAAUCCUGUAUUAUUUAGUAAAUCUGGUAAUAUAUCUGGUGGCAACUGUCAUGGAUGUAUGCAUAAUACAGAAGGUGUAAAUUGUGAAUUUUGUCAACCAAAUUUUUAUCGUCAUCCAAGUUAUCCAAUAGAUCAUCCUUUGACAUGUCAACCAUGUAACUGUCAUUUAGAUGGUACAUUAUAUGAUAAUUUUUGUCAGCAGUACACCAUACCAGAACAGAAUACAAUUGCUGGUCGUUGUAUAUGUAAGAAAAAUGUUGGUGGUGAAAAAUGUGAUCGAUGUAAAGUUGGAUUUUGGAAUUUUCAAGCUGAAAAUCCUGAUGGUUGUGAAUCUUGUUCAUGCAAUAUGAUUGGAACUAUUGACAAUGGUGGUUGUGAUCCAUUUACUGGACUAUGUACAUGUAAACGAUUUGUCGGUGGCCCUAAUUGUGAUCGAUGUUUAGAAGGUUAUUUUAAUCUAUCAACAACACCAUUAGGGUGUCAAGAAUGUGCCUGUAGUCAAAUUGGUUCUCUGAAUCCAAACUGUGAACGUGUUAGUGGACAAUGUGCCUGUAAAGUUGGUUUUACCGGACGUGAUUGUAGUGAAAUAGAAAAUGGCUAUUAUAUCGUUCCACCACACGAAAUAAUUGAUAGACCUGACGAGAAAGAGAUUACACUGGUUGGACCUAAAGGUGAAGGAAAGUAUGUAAUUGUUCUUGAUGUGGAUCCAAAACAGUUUGGUUCUGGUGAUAAAUGGUCGAUUGUUGUGACACCUUUUCAGUAUGGUGCAACAACAUGCCAAAAUUCACCUCAAAAUGUUAAUAUUUAUCAAGACACUCACAAAGUUAUUAUAUCAGAUGUUUGUUUGGAACCGGGAUUACCGAUUGUUUUACGUAUCGUUCCUGAAUCAUAUCCAGAAGGAGCAUUUACUGAAAUUCUAAUUACUGAUAUUAUACUGAUACCCACUGAUGAUAGUGACUUAGCACGUCGUUGUGAAGUUUUUCGUGAAGCUGCUUUGGAGAUAUUGGCUGGUCGUCGCGAAGAUAGAAGUGGAAUGCCACCAGAAUGUGAAGUCUAUUUCCGUCUGCCACGUUUAAGUUGGAAAGAAAGCAGUUCUGUGGCACAAAAAUGUUUAUGUAAUUCAACUGGUUCACGUUCUGAGAUAUGUGAUAAACUAACAGGACAAUGUCUGUGUAAAGAUGGAGUUGUUGGUAGACAAUGCGAUCAAUGUUCACAAUAUCAUUAUGGUUUCAGUGCAAGAGGAUGUACUGACUGUGCAUGUGAUCCUCAAGGAUCUGUUAGUUUACAAUGUCAUGAAGAUACUAGUCUUUGUGAAUGUCGUCCAGGAAUUAUUGGUAAACAUUGCAACAUGUGUAAUCCUGGUUUUUGGGAUUUUCCAAAUUGUCGUCCAUGUAAAUGCAAUGAAUUUAGUGACUUUUGUAAUCAGACUACUGGAAUAUGUGAAAACUGUAGAGAUAACACUGGUGGUGAUCAUUGUGAAAUAUGUCGUGAAGGAUUCUAUGGAGAUCCAUUGAGAAAAACCCCUUGUAAACCGUGUUCAUGUCCAGGUGGUGGAUUAAAUCACGCUAAAGAAUGUCAUAUGGGACCACUUGAGGAGCAAAUUUGUAUUUGUAAAGUUGGAUAUACAGGUUCACGCUGUAGCCAAUGUGCUAUGAACUAUUUUGGUAAUCCAACUGAACCUGGGGGCUCUUGUCGACAAUGUGAAUGUUCUGGAAAUAUUGCAGUUAAUGUACCUGGUAGCUGUGAUCCAAUUACUGGACAAUGUUUAAAAUGUUUACAUAAUACAGAAGGUUAUUACUGUGAUGUAUGUAAAGAUGGCUUUUGGGGUGAUGCAGCGCGUCAAAUGUGUCAACCAUGCAACUGUUAUCAAUUUGGUAGCAUCGAUGAAGGUGUUGGUGGCUGUAACCGUGAAAAUGGCCAAUGUUCAUGUCUACCAAAUGUGAUUGGUCCAAGAUGUUAUGAAUGUGCACCAUAUUUCUUUAAUUUAACUUCUGGUAAAGGAUGUGAACCAUGUCUAUGUGAUCCCACUGGUUCAAUUGAUGAUUUAUGUGAUCCUGUUAUGGGUCAGUGCCGUUGUAAACCAGACCGAAGUGGGCGCAGAUGUGAUCAGUGUAGGAGAUUAUUUUAUAGCGAUCCAACUAUUCCAGAUGGAUGUCAACCUUGUAAUUGUGAUCGGAUUGGUUCAAUAACUGAUCUAUGCGAUCCAUUAACUGGUCAAUGUUUAUGUAGAACAGGUAUAACUGGUCUACAAUGCAAUAGAUGUGAUAGAGGCACUGAAGGUAUUCUACCGGACUGUGUUCCAUGUGGUGAAUGUUGGGAGAACUGGGAUAAAGCAAUUGAUAAAAUUAUUAGUGAAUUAGAUCGUUUGCAAAAUCAAACAAGUCAACAGUUACCUAAAGAAUUAAAAAUAAUGUUUGAUAGUUUAAUCAGUUUAUUAGAUCAAAUUGAACAUCUCCCAUGGAUGACUACAGAUGAUACAAGAUUGAAUGAAUUACGUGAUGUGUUAAAGCGAAGCGAAGAAACUGUUAUGCGUUUAAGUUCACUUGAUCAGUUUGCUGAUAGUUUGACCAAAUGGGAUGAUUUAAUAACAGAGAAAUUUACUCAACAGUUAGAGCAUAAAGUACUAGUGAACGAAGCAAAAGCACAUCUAGAAUCACUUAAAACACAACUACAAAGUAUAAUGAAUGAAUCAAUACAAUUGGAACAUCUUGAUCAAAAAGGAGCAUACUUGUCAAUUCUACGUUCAAAAGAUAUCGGUGAUCAAGUUUUGAACAUACAAACUAGUAUAGAAUACCAACGUGGUGGAUUAAAAGGUGAAUUAUUAGACUCUAAACGUGAACUGGAAGCUGUUCAAACACGUGCAGAUCAUCUAAAUACAGACUGGGCCCAAUUGGACAGGCGGAUUGAAGAAUUUCGUGAAAAAAUUCGCCAAACGAAUAGGCUAAUUUGUGGGGACAAUAGUUUACCACCAACUGAAGAUACAGAUCAAAAAGUAUGUCCAUCAAUUUGUGGUGGUGCUGGAUGUGAUUAUUUUUUUUCAAAAUCAACUAGUCUAAAUGUAAUAUCAACAAUUCAUGACAAUAAUCAACAUACUUCACUUAUAUCUACUAAAGAUAAAUUGAUGCAUAAUUUACAUACUGGUCUAAUUAAUACAUGUGGUAUAAAUUUUGAAUGUAAUGCCAGUAAUGCUGGAAAAUUAAGAUCACGUAUGGAACAGUAUUUAAACCUUCAAAUUCGUUUGACUAAUGCACUACAGAAUGUAUAUAAGGCUGAAAACGCAAUAUUAAAGGUUCAUUCAAGUCGUAAAACUGCUGAAAAAACAAUUACAAAUUUAACUCUACAAGCAAAAAUUAUCAAAGAACGUAUAACUGAUAUGUAUAAUCUGACACAAAAUUUAAUAAAUGAAGCUGAGAAAUAUGUAAAUCUAUAUAACAAUAUGCGACAAGAUAAAUUCGAUGAAAUUUUAAGAUUAAUUCAAAAUGCGAAGCUAAAUGUUAGUCAGUACGAAGCAGAACAAAUAAUUCAACAAUUAGAAAAAUAUGCUAUCGACUUAGAAGAUAAAGUUAUGCGUAUUUUAAAUGAAACUGAAUCAGAUCGUCAACGUACAGGGAAUUUAUUAAGACGUGCUGAAACUAUUAGAGAUAAAGCAAAAGAUUUUAUGGACCAAAUGAAUCAAUUGAAGGGAGCUGACAAAAUCUAUCAAGAAAUAAAAGAGAAGAAACAAAUCAUUCAAAAAGUUGAUGAUGUUAAGUUAUUUGAUCAAAUUACACAGCUAACAGAACGAAUAGAUGGAUUCAAAAAUCAAGUUAGUAUGUUUGCACGUGAUUCAAGUCUACAGUCGGAUAAAGCCAAAGAUGCUUCUGAAGUAGUAGACGACCUACUGUCAAGUACCAAUGUUGCUAGACGUGAAACUUUAGAUGCAUUACAACAAAUUGAACUUGUUGAAGUUUCAUUUAAGCAAUUGGACGAGAAAAUGUUCGAACUUGACAAACUGAUGCGUGUUUUAGAUGCAGAUGACCGUGAUAGUGAAGAUGAAGCUUCACUAGGUACUAAAUUAACUGAUCCAGCUAAACUUAUGGAAGAAAUUCAAAAUUAUACUAGUAAUUUGGAGCUUAAUACAGAAGAAGUUAAAAGUAUAUUAACAAAUUUAAAGAAAUCAGAAACGGAAAGUGCAAUUUUAACUGAUGAAUUAAAAAAUUACAUGGAUAAAAUGCAAAAUUUAAAUAUUCAUUUAUCACGUACAACAAAACAUCAUCAAUUAUGCACUUAA